AUGGUUUCCAGUCGUUUCCCCAAAGGAAACAGAUUUGAUCCAAUCGUUUCCCCAGAGGAAACAGAUUUGAACCCUCUUGAAGGAAGAUCCGGGCCCAUUUAUGUGAUUGAAUCCGCUUCGUAUGUGUUCGAUCCAGAGAUUUUAGGGUUCUUUGAGGCGACCUCAACCCAGCAGCUCGUAUCGGGAGAAGGUAUUGCUGGUAAAGCGUUGGGUACAAACCAGCAGCUCCUGAAUCGAUAUCGAUUUGACUCCAAAUUGCAGUCAAUCGAAGGAUUAUUUGGUAAGGUGCACUCCUCUGUAUUAUUUCCCAUUCUUUCUCAUUCCUAUAUCCCUUUGGCACUUACCGAUUCUUCUCCCUUCCUCGAGACAAACGUCGGUCACCUAAACUCAAAUCCUCUAAGGAUACCUGCUCUGAUUCAUUCCCAAAAAUCAAAAAAUCUCGUUGUCUAUCCCACAGUUUAUCAAGUCAGAAUUUUGGGAGACAGAAUCGUGCCUCAUUUGUGGUUCGUGGCCUACACUACUGCUUCACCGCCCUGCUCCACUCUUAUUUGCCCUAGCUUGUCCGUCCUCUAUCACCUCCUUCAUAUGGUUAUGUUUAUGAAUGUGCCAUUUCUUUUUGACUUAAGGGCUGUUUCUUUUGGGACUGUUUACAAGGGCUAUAUUGAUGAGAAUGUUCGGGUUGGUCUCAAAUCUCUUCCUCUUGCUGUUAAGACUGGAGUUAAUUUCCUUGUUCAGCUCAGACAUCCCAAUUUGGUGAAAUUAAUUGGGUAUUGCUGUGAAGAUGACCACAUAUUGCUUGUUUAUGAGUUCAUGUUUCGAGGAAGCCUUGAAAUCACCUCUUUCGAAGUGCAUGAGAUGCUAUCACAGAUGAACCCCACAUUGGUGAGUUAUUGUGAAAAAAUAGCUGAAAAAGGGGGUCCACUCACUCUGCCUGAAGAAAUUGGUGGAUCUAUUCAUGUUGCUCAGAUAGAAACAACGACCAUGACAAGUGCAAGUGCUCGUCUAAGGAAUGUCCAUACUUGUACCUGUUCCUGCACUAAAGAACAUAUUGCUUCUGUUACUGCUGUAUUGUCUGAACAGCAACGUUUAAUCUAUCGUGGCAAAGUUCUAAAAGAUGAUCAGCUUCUUUCAACUUAUCUUUUACAUGGUAAAGUGGUGCAUAAAGUGGGUGUUGUAUCUAUAGGUGUUGGAGGCUUAAAGCUUACUGAAUACCUUAAAGAGCAACUUCGUCUAAGAGAUCUACAUGUUUCUUCAUUAUACACUGUUCGCUCAUUGAAAGAGGCAGUGGCAGAUUGCACUAAGCGUUGCUAUGUUGCCAAAAUGAGAACCGAUCAUACUUGGUUCAAGACAGUUGUGUUGGCUGGAGGCACUGCAUGUUUACCAGUGUUACCAGAUAUACAAGUUGAUGACGAGAACAUUGUUCCAAGACCUUCAGUGAGUUAUGAUGAUGUCCCUUAA